AUGUCACUUCGAAAAAUUCUAAUUCUCUCUCUGAUUUUGGCUACAUUAAUUGUACCAUUUACUCAAUUAUCAUUUGGUUUUUAUUAUAUUAAAUCGAUUGAUUUAUGUCCACUUCAACAUGAUAUUGCGUUAUUAAUGUCUAUUGGUGGUGUAUUUCAAGCAAUUUUCUUUGCUGCUGCUUUUGCUUUUAUUUAUUUAAUAACACCGGCAAGAUUUAAAAUAGGAGAAAAAAAAGAAAGCAAUCGAAUUUCACAAAUUCUUAUUGGUUGUAUAACAUGUAUAGUUGGCACUUGUGCGAUUAUAUUUUUUAUUCUUAUACAAGUUCGUGUAUAUGGAAAUUAUAAAAAAUUUCAAUGGAACGAUGCUACUAAACCAAAUUAUUGUUUAUUUACAAUUUUCUAUAGUGCUUUGGGAUCAAUAAUUGGUACUUAUGUUGCUUUUAUAUUGUUUUCUACUGUUACGAUUAUAUUACUAUUUGGAAUUGCAGCAUAA